AUAUCCUCGACUAUGUUUAUUUCCGUUAAUGGACGAAUGCAGAUGAUUUUUUUAUUCCCUGACUGAAAAUAAUAAGUUUUGUGGUAACAUGGGACGAUCAAUACAUGCCGACGAGGCGAUACAGGAUUAUGUCGAAGAAUUGAUUAAAUCUGGCCAAUGGUAUAUUGGUCUUAUUCUUGGACAGUUAACGAACCCGAGGGACUAUAUUUUACGUUUGGCGCGAACUCCUGAUCCAGUCGAAGAUGAAGCAAGUGAGGAGGAAGAUCUGGAGGACAUCGUACCUAAGAAAAAACCGAAGAAGAAAGGCUCACGACGACCUAAAACAUUAGAUGAAAUGGAUGAUAGUUGGGUUGCUACACAUGCUAAACAGGUUAUACGUAUGUUACCUGGUGGACUGGAGGUUGCAGGUGUUUUUAUUUUAUCUCCACCAAAUAUAUCACAGAAAGUUACAGAGAAACUCAGACAGGUUGUUUAUGCUGUACACAGAUCUAUAAAUAAACCUGGUUUAUUACCAACUGGUGAAAUUACAGACAGAAUAACUCUACAUAUCUGUUCUCUUACUAGAAAAAUAACUUGUAGAACUUAUGAUGUGGAAGAUAACAAUAGUAAUGGUCACCCAGCAGAAUGGAGAUAUCAUCCUAUAAACGAUAAAUGGAUACAGCUCAAUACUUCAGCAUUUCUUGAUAUAACUAUUCCUGUUCCUUCCCUUAGAAAAUCUUCAACAUUAAUCAAACAAAUACAGAUGGGUUUAACACCAUUUUAUCAGUCGCUGUCAACAAGUAUCGGAUUAAUUAAUGGAGCUUUCCGAGAUACGUCAGAAUUACUAGAAAUGGCAAGUGGUAAAAAAAGUCGCAGUAAAGACAAGAGUUUUAUGAUGCCACAAUCUUACAAUGUAGAAUUAAUGAUAAAAAAGGGUGAUGGUAAGAAAGUAGCCGAUCCACAAGUGACAUCUGUAUCAUCUAUGAUUGUAUUACGAGGUCAGAUGAUUGGUCGAGCGUUUAUACAGGGUAAACCCACUGUUGGUGAUGUCAUACAGGCUGUAAAGGUUGAUCUAGCUAGAAGUAUUUCAUCUAGAUGUGUAGUUAUAAUGUUAUUAUUACAGGCUGUAAAGAUUGAUCUAGCUAGAAGCUGUAAAGGUUGA